ACUAUAUUACUGCAAAUUAACUCCCCCCUCUCUCUCUCUCUCUCCACCUAUCUCCCUUCUCUUUUCUGAAAUAGUCUGCCAACCAUGCUUGCCACCGCUCUUUUGAGACAGGCUGGUCGUCGUGAGGCCACCAAAGCCGCCUCCGUGGUCCAACUUCGUUCGAUUCACGAUUUGACGUUCCGCAAGAAGACCGGCCAAACCAUGCUCAAGUAUGGUCGCGGUGGUCGUUCCAGCACCAACGGGCACAUUGCUACUGUUUUCGGCUGUACCGGUUUCCUCGCCCGUUACGUUGUUCAGAAGCUCGCAAGACAAGGUACUCAAGUCGUUGUUGCCUACCGUGAUCCCGAUGAGGCCCGUCACUUGAAGGUCACUGGUGAUCUUGGUCAAAUUAUUCCUUUGGAAUUCGACUUGAGAAACCGUGAGCAAAUCAUGGAAUGUGUUCGUCACUCUGAUAUUGUCUACAACCUUGUGGGACGUGAUUAUGAAACAAAGAACUUUACCUUCAAUGACGUUCACGUGGAGGGCUCGCGUCUUAUUGCUGAGGCAUCUGCUGAAGCUGGUGUUGCCCGUUUCGUUCAGGUCUCCUCAUUGAACGCUUCGGAAGACUCGACCUCGGCUUUCUUGCGCACCAAGUACUUGGGUGAACAAGCUGUCCGUGAAGUGUUCCCUGAUGCUACCAUUGCACGACCCGGUACCAUGUAUGGUCACGAGGACCGAUUCUUGAACAGAAUUGGCGGUGGUGAAGGAUGGCAAUUCUACGUCAACGAGGGCAAGACCAAGAUCUACCCCGUCUCGGCCAUUGAUGUUGCCCAAGCCUUGGAAGUCAUGUUCCUUGCUGACUCGACUGCUGGCAAGACCUAUGAACUCUACGGUCCCAAGGCAUGGACUUACGAGCAGAUCUUUGAAUUGGCUCGUGAGAUUGCCAUGAAGCCUCUCCCGAUCCGUCCGUUACCCCUUCCUAUUGCAAAGUUCGCUGCCACGCUUCUCGAUAAGCUUCCUUACAACCAAAUGAUCAGCCCUGAUCUCAUUGAAAGAAUGACCUUGGAUGACAAGCCCACACCCGGCGCUCAUACCUUCAAGGAUUUGUACAUUGAGCCUGUUGAUUUGCAGAACCUUGCUAUCCAGUACCUCAGACGUUUCCGUAGCAACGCCGUCUUUGAUCUUCCAUACGAGAAAGGUGAAGGCGAGGUCAAGAAGGGCUUGUACCAUGUUAUCGAUUAAAAUAAGCUUUCUUUAUCAUAAAAACACUAAAAUCAACUAGAAAAUAUAUAUACACCCCAUUUUCGUUUUGAAACUCGCACA